CUCUCUCUCUAUAUAAAUAUAUCUUGAUUUACUUCGCCCCUUCUCAAUACUCUCUGCUUUUCAAUUCCAACGUGUCUCCAGAAAGUUCCAAUCGUUACAUACAAAAGAAAAAUCACACACACAAACACACAAUCGGCAGUGUUUGAUUGAGUUGAAUCGAAACAAAUCAAUGGCGUCGUCUUCCGAUCUGGAAUCAAAGGCCAAAGAAGCUUUCAUAGAUGACCACUUCGAACUAGCCAUUGACCUCUACUCUCAAGCCAUUGCUCUGUGCCCUAGCAACGCUGACCUCUUCGUUGACCGCGCUCAGGCCAAUAUUAAACUCCAAAGCUUCACUGAUGCUGUUUCUGAUGCAAAUAAAGCAAUCGAGUUGAACCCUGCAAAUACGAAAGCGUAUCUACGUAAAGGUGUGGCGUGUAUCAAUCUCGAAGAAUUCCAAACUGCUAAGACAGCCUUGGAAACUGGUGCUUCUUUGGCACCUGGAGACUCUAGGUUUACUAAUUUGAUCAAAGAAUGUGAAAAGCGCAUAGCAGAGGAAACUGAAGAGCUAACUAAGCAAUUGGUUGAUAAAGCUCCGACAAAUGUGGUGAACCUGAAUAAUUUGCCUCCAGCAAUUGGUCUGUCGAGCCAAGGGACGACUGUAUCAUCUUCUAAGCCAAAAUACAGGCAUGAAUUUUAUCAGAAACCUGACGAAGUGGUGGUAACAGUUUUCGCAAAGGGCAUACCAGCAAACAACGUUGUGGUUGACUUUGGUGAACAAAUACUUAGCGUUACCAUUGAAGUGCCUGGUGAAGAAGCAUAUCAUUUUCAGCCGCGGUUAUUUGGAAAGAUUGUUCCUGCAAAAUCUCGAUACACCGUCAUGUCUACAAAAAUUGAAAUCCGACUCGCCAAAGCAGACACUUUGCAAUGGGCAUCACUUGAAUUCAAGGCAGAUGUUGCUGUUGUACAGAAAGCGAUUGUAUCAUCAGCAGGCAACAAAAAACCCGCUUAUCCUUCAUCGAAACCGAAAAGAGUAGACUGGGAUAAAUUGGAAGCUCAAAUGAAAAAAGAGGAAAAGGAUGAGAAACUCGAUGGUGAUGCAGCUUUGAACAAGUUCUUUAAAGACAUAUACGGUGAUGCUGAUGAGGACACAAAACGAGCCAUGAGCAAGUCUUUCAUUGAAUCAAACGGAACCGUACUAUCGACAAACUGGAAAGAAGUUGGUGCAAAGAAGGUUGAAGGAAGCGCGCCAGACGGCAUGGAGUUGAAGAAAUGGGAGUACUGAUAGGACGUCUCUUGUCUUUUGAUCGAUCUCAGUCAUAUAUUUGCUUUUUUUUUUUUUUAAUUUUUUUUUUUUGGCACAAGUCAUUUUUUGUGCUGAGGUAUUUUGCCUUGGUUGUUUUUGAACUUGUUCAUACUUUUCUCUUUAGAUCAGAGCAAGUUGACUAUCUUUUAUCUGUUGACUUUUGAUACUCAAAAAUGUUUAUUUCAUUACAGCACUAUGGUUGGAGUGUUUUAUGUUUUUACUAAA